AUGCCCUUCUAGAUUAGAGUCAAAGGUAGAAGAUUCUUGACUGUUUGAUUUUCUCUUUCGUCUUCUUCCCCUUUUCCCAACUCUUCUCUCUGCUACUACCAUUAUUACCCCCUCCAUUUCCUUCGAGCUUUUUCUUUUCUUAUCUGUAUCUCUUCAAGGUUCGACCUCGAUCUCUCUGUGUAGCUACGUAACGUCGCAAGCUGAAUAAACAGUAGCUAAAGCCAGGCUAGACCAGCAAGUAAUUGCUGGCUAGCAGAGAUUUUGCGUGGUGGUCUUGAAAUAAUAAUAAAACAAAAAUCCCCAUGAGCCCUCAAAGCGUAUCAAAGACAAGCAAAUCCCUUGAGGGUCUCCAUGGGGUUCAUGUGGUUUCUCAUUCACCUUUCGCCUUUGAGCGUAUCAGCCAAGUCUCCGGCUUUGAAUCCUCAGAUGCAGGAACAAAACAGAGUCUAUUCAUUGAACGUGUCUGGCAACAAAGGCCACCAUGCCUAAGACCUAUCCAUUGCUGCAUACACGGUGAUCAGAGUCUCGUAGAAACAGCUGCUAAUGUGAUCACAUCGCUCCCUUUUAUUUUCCUCGGUAUGCAGACACCAAGGAAAAACCUGAACAUGAAGGUGUAUGCAAAUUCCUUAAUCGGAGUUGGGAUUGCAUCGAGUUUGUAUCAUUCUUCAAGAGGGAAGUUGAGGAAGUACCUUAGAUGGGCUGAUUACACAAUGAUAGCCACAGCGACAGUAUGUCUAUCGAGGGCUCUUAGGGAAGAGAACCCAAAGUUUUUGAUGGCUGCAUCAGCUUUGGCUUUGCCAUUCCAGCCUCUCAUGGUCUCAGCUGUUCACACUGGAAUGAUGGAGGUAGCAUUCGCGAAGAGAGCCUUAAAGGAUCCAGAUUUGAGAACGGCUCAUAAUGUACACAAGAUGUCUUCGUUGUUGGGUGGAGCUUUGUUCAUAGCUGAUGAUCUAUUCCCUGAAACACCAUUCAUUCACGCCGGUUGGCAUCUCGCUGCAGCCAUUGGCGUUGGAACUUGCAACAAGCUUCUUCAGUAGCUCCACAGUGCCAAAUAUAUUGGGUACUUGUGGAACUUCUGCCAUAUUCUUGGUUCAGAGAAACCACGGUUUCACUGAGCUCAUAAUCAGCCGACAUAACUAGUUACCAUUGUUGUCAUCUCAUGUAUUAUGUAUAGAGCCAAAACAAGUCGCUUGUGAGUUUGUGAUCUUAUAAACACCAGUACUUUUCUCUCUCU